AUGGCUGCAAACGGUACCCAGAGCAAUGACUUCACUGUCAAGGCCGGCCUCGCCCAGAUGUUGAAGGGUGGCGUUAUCAUGGACGUCGUGAACGCAGAGCAGGCCCGCAUCGCCGAAGAAGCUGGUGCCGCUGCCGUCAUGGCCCUCGAGCGUGUCCCCGCCGAUAUCCGUGUCGAGGGUGGUGUUGCACGCAUGUCCGACCCCACCAUGAUCAAGGAGAUUAUGGAGGCAGUAACCAUCCCUGUGAUGGCCAAGGCCCGCAUUGGCCACUUCGUCGAAUGCCAGAUCCUUGAAGCCAUUGGCGUCGACUACAUCGAUGAGUCUGAAGUCCUCACUCCCGCCGACGACAUCUACCACGUCACCAAGCACGACUACAAGGUCCCCUUCGUCUGUGGGUGCCGCAACCUCGGCGAGGCCCUCCGUCGCAUCUCCGAGGGCGCUGCUAUGAUCCGCACCAAGGGUGAAGCCGGUACCGGUGAUGUCGUCGAGGCCGUCAAGCACAUGCGCACUGUCAACGCGCAGAUCAGCAAGGCCCGUGGAAUCCUUCUUGCCAGUGCGGAUGCCGAGCCUGAGCUUCGUGCAUUUGCCCGUGAGAUUGAGGCUCCUUAUGAGCUUGUGCGCCAGGCUGCUGAACUUGGUCGUCUGCCUGUUGUUAACUUUGCCGCUGGUGGUGUUGCCACACCCGCUGAUGCUGCGCUUAUGAUGCAACUUGGUUGCGAUGGUGUCUUCGUUGGCUCUGGUAUCUUCAAGUCUGGUGAUGCUAAGAAGCGUGCCCGUGCUAUCGUCCAGGCUGUUACUCACUACAAGGAUCCCAAGGUGCUGGCGGAGGUUAGCCAGGGUCUUGGUGAGGCUAUGGUUGGUAUCAAUGUCCGCCAGAUGCCUGAGGGCGACAAACUUGCUGGUCGUGGGUGGUAG